AUGUCCCAAGGUGACAACCCCAGGAAAGAAACAUACAAUGACCAUUUCCCCUGGGAAUUAGGUGUCUAUGAUGCCCACUGCCACCCAACAGAUACAAUGGCCUCAAUCGCCGAGAUCCCGCAGAUGAAAGCGAGGACGCUCACGGUUAUGUCUACGCGCGGUGAGGACCAGGAUCUUGUCUUCGAUGUUGCCAUAAAUUUCUCAAAAGAGGAUGGCAACAGCAAUGUUGAGAACGAAAACUGCAUCCUCCCAUGCUUCGGCUGGCAUCCAUGGUUCUCAUAUCACAUCCUCGACGACACCAACGCAUCACCACCAUCAACAACCGACGAAACAGACGAAGAUCUGAAGAAAGCACACUACAAAAAAGUCCUCACCCCGUCCCCAAAAGACGACGAAACUGGUAAUACUUUCAUAUCCUCCCUCCCACCCCCAAAACCCCUCUCCCACCUCCUCACCGAAACCCGUACCCGCCUAAGCACCCACCCAACUGCGCUCAUUGGCGAAAUAGGCCUCGACCGCGCCUUCCGCCUGCCCAACCCCUGGACAACUCAGGAAAUCGAAACUCGCGAUACAACUGUGACACCUGGGUCGCGGGAGGGACGGAAACUAUCUCCGCACCGGGUACAUCUGGAGCACCAGAAGGUCGUGCUGAGAGCUCAGUUACGGCUUGCGGGGGAGAUGGGGAGGGCGGUGUCUGUGCAUAGUGUGCAGGCGCAUGGGGCUGUGUUUGAUGUAUUCAAGGAACUAUGGAGAGGACAUGAGAGGAGGAUUCCGAGUAGGAAGGAGAGGAGGAGGAGGGGAAGUGUUGCUGGGGCACAUGAGGAGAGUGAGGAGGAGGAUGCCGCUAAGACAUCUCAAUCCAAAACAGAAUCAGAAGAAAAGCAUAAGAAGCCAGCGUUUCCCUUUCCGCCACGCAUCUGCAUGCACUCAUACUCCGGUCCCGUGGAAGCAGUGAAGCAAUUCCUGCAUCCGGCCAACCCAUCUGACGUCUAUUUCUCGUUCUCGAAUGUGAUCAAUUUCUCCGCACCGGGGGCUGGGAAGGCGAUUGGUGUGGUUAAGACGCUGCCUGAUGAUAGGGUUCUUGUGGAGAGUGACUUGCACACGGCUGGGGAGGUGAUGGAUGGGCUUCUGGAGGAUGUUGUAAGGAGGGUUUGUGAGAUUCGGGGAUGGGGGUUGGAGGAGGGGGUUAAGAUUUUGGGAGAGAAUUGGAGGAGGUUUGUUUACGGGUAG